AUGCCGAGCGAAAAGGAACGGAAGCCCACCGAGAGGGCGGCGUCCCCGCCGAAGACCAGGAGGGCAGCGCAGCGGACAGCUGCUGCCGAGGACGACGACGGCGCCGUACCUGCGCAAGAGGCGCCCAUUGCAAAGCGGGCGCGUGGAAACGCCCGCAGCGACGCGGCCGCUGGAUCGACAAGGAGAGCGAAGCCGAUUAUUUCCAAGAAGACCACCACCGCGACUUCGCGGAGGACCAGAAAGCCCGCAGGCGCACCCCGCCGUAAGAGCAACCCGAAUGUCGCGUCAACGAGCGAGGGAUUGGCGAGCAAGUCUCCAAAGGAAACCCGCAAGAAAAGACCGGCGAGCUCGAGCCCCGCAGCAUCCGGCACCUCGAGGCGUGGGCGCCCUUCGGGCUCCUCUGGUAGCUGCGUUGGACAUGGAGGCCGUGGUGGAUCUCGGCACACAUCCCGCACCAGCCUCGGCGCUCUGAAUGGCAAGGUGAGCAGUCUCGGACGGUCCAGCAGUGCGUCGGCGAGCAGCCGCGGCAGAAAAAGAAGCAGUAACUGCUCGCAGCAGACGAAGAGAAGUUCGUAUGCGGUCAUCGUAGCCACCACGCGUAGCGGCUCGAACCGGCGCCGCCAGUCUAAGGACCCCGCGAGCACACUGGGAAAGCAGCGCCCACCGUCCGGUAGCAGCACCGGAUCAAGCGGCAGAGGAAAGCCCGACAAGGCGAAAAAGGCUUCACGCAGCUCGUCGGCUACUUCUGGACGUGGCAAACGAACCAAGGCUGCUCAGGCAACCAAGUAA